UUCAAUCUGAAGCCUAGCAAAACAUGUCAACAUGGCGGCUUGCGUGAGUGAAAACGAUUCAGAUAGAAAACUUGAAUUCUUUUUAAAGGUACCUUUCCCAUCUGAGAGAGAGGCAGCUAUCGCCCUGCAGUCUUUAUCUCCUGAUCCUGAGCCCAGGAAAGGAGGAAUCACUAAAAAUCUUGAUGUCUCAGGACACACACUGUCUGUGAGAUGGACUGCAGAUGAAGCCCGUAUUCUACGUGUUUCUGUAAGUUCAUUCUUGGACCAUUUGUCUCUAGUGAUGGAAACUAUGGAUGCAUUUGGACCACCUGUUUCACAAUGACACUUUGAGACAAAUACAAGCAUAAGAGCAGAAAUGUGGAUGCAGAUGCUGUUUGCACCAUGUUAGGAGGAUGUAAAAAAGAAACAUCUGCUGCCGUGUGUUCAGUAUGGACUGUGAGGACCUUAAAAGCGUAAUCAAUGUGCUUUUGCUCAUGUCUUAAGACAAUUGUUUUGGAAUAUUUCACCCAACAAUUAAAAUUUACUAAAAAAUUACCCUCAGACCAUACAAGAUGCAGAGUUUGUUUCUUCAUCAGAACAGAUUUGGAGAAAUGUAGCAUUGCAUCACUUGCUCACCAAUG